UUAUGUCUAGAAUGGAUGAAGCACUUACUAAACCAAGAAAUGUUACUCAUACCUUGUAUAAGCUUUAUAACUGGUUGCAAAUGGGUAUGAUUGACCUCAAUCCCGAAUUCCAAAGAGGCAUGAAACAAUCGCAUUUGGUAGAUUCUGUUCUUAACAAUUUUUAUAUCCCUCCUGUCAUUUUUUCGUGCAAGAAGUUGGAUAGUAAACGAUGGAUGCGCGUAUGCAUUGAUGGAAAACAGCGGCUUACUGCAAUCAGAAA